UCGAAUAAGCGCAUCAAACUCCCCUCAGCCUCAGAUCCCCACCAAUGAAAAUGCACAAAAGAGUAAAGGAGAGAGAGGGAGAGAAGGGACUUCGCGGGAUACAUAGAGUGAGCCAAAUCCCACACAAACAGACACAACAGAAGUUGAAGGGGACGGAAAGGCGGUCACAUUUCUUACUCACCUGCAAACGUGAUUGAUGUGGGUGUUUGUAUCAGUGGGUGUGUAUGUCAUGCCUGACGCUCCAUUCACGGACAUGCUGACUCUAGAUUCUUGGAAUUUAUGAGAAUCGUUUGCUCUCCGCUCGUGCAUCAUCACACGCGCUCCAACCAAGACGCACUACCCCGAGCGCAGAAGGCAUCCAGGUAUCUUUAGGGAGCUCAGCUUCUUCCAGCUCACCUCUCCCAAGGCACAUCUGAGCACAGUGAGGGACACCUCUCUGCGAACAUUUGACUGGGGAAGCUUCAUGCUCACUGGACAGAUUUCACUUACUGCUUCCCAUUCUGCGCUCGCCGGAGCAGGUGUUUUACACACAGGUGUCUCGUGACUUUCUCACCUGUCUUCAUAAGACUUUUGCUCCAGACUGUUGACAUUCACGGGCAUCUAUCUUCAAGUCAGUUUGCAAUCAUCAUCACCAUCAACACAAAAUGGAUAACAGCCCUGGCGGUGGCGGUGGAGGGGUGAUCCUGUAUGCAGGCUCAUCUGGCAGUGCCAGCCCAAGCCCUGGCAGCCCCUCCAGUGGAUACCAGACCCAGUCACCUUCUUCCCACUCCCAGCCCUCAUCUCCAGAGGAGGUCACCUUCACAGAGAUCGGAGCAUUGAAACAGAGGGCGGGGGGAUGCACCACCCCAUCCUCCAAGCUGGUGUUCCAGUUCCCGGAGGUCUACAGCGGCCCCUCAGCAGCAGCUACUCCUCAGCAUACGUAUGCUCACCCCAUUGCAGGAAAGAGGCCAUGCGGCUUCCCAGGAACCUUCACUAAGACAGGUGGGAUGGUCCUGCUGUGCAAAGUCUGCGGGGACAUAGCAUCUGGCUUCCACUAUGGAGUGCACGCUUGUGAAGGCUGCAAGGGUUUUUUCCGCCGCAGCAUCCAGCAGAACAUCAACUACAAGAUGUGUGUGAAGAACGAGAAUUGUCUGAUCAUGCGCAUGAACCGCAACCGGUGCCAGCAUUGCCGCUUCAAGAAAUGCCUCUCUGUUGGCAUGUCAAGAGAUGCUGUGCGCUUUGGCCGCAUCCCAAAAAGAGAGAAACAACGACUUCUGGAUGAGAUGCAGAGCUACAUGAACAGCCUAAAUGAGUCAGCUGCCAUGGACAUGGACUCAUCCCCAGUGAGGGACACCCCCCCCAGCCUAGAAGAUGGCAGCUCCAAGGAGGCCAUUGGGGCCAUCUCCAGAGCUUACCAUGACAUCUUCACCAGCAGCAACAACCAGGAGAGAGCAGUCAAGAGGGCAAACAUCAGCAUCACCAACAACAACAACAACUCACCUCCCUUCUCUCAGGAUGCCAGUUACACCCAUAUCUCCUCUCAGCCCACUUCCACCCAGGGUUAUCAGUCUUGCCCUGCUGCCACUGCUGCUCACUGCCCAGUUGCCCAUAAUGACAACCAACCUGCAUUCCCCACUGUGGACAACAAUCGCUAUGCCUUCUUGGUGUCAUCAAAUCAGAAUCAUGGCCAGUCUAAUGGUAUAACACCUCAGAGGGGCAGCUCUGCCAAUCAUAACAAUUAUUCCACUGCAGGAAUCACCCAGAAUCAGCCUUCCUGCCCGUGGAAGUUAGCUCCAGGAGCUAAAGUGCUGGCCUGCCCUCUCAAUGCAUGCCCUGUAUCAGGGGCAGAGCGCACCAGUCAGCAGAUUUGGGAAUCCUUCUCUCAGUGUUUCACUCCUGCUGUCAAAGAGGUGGUAGAGUUUGCUAAGGGUAUCCCAGGAUUUCAAGAGCUCAGCCAGCAAGACCAGGUCAUGCUGCUCAAGUCAGGAACCUUCCAGGUUUUGAUGGUGAGGUUCUGCUCUUUAUUCAAUGCUGAGGAGCGUACGGUGACUUUCCUGAACGGCCAGACUUACCCACUGUCCACCCUGCGGGCCCUGGGCAUGGGCUCUCUGCUGGACGCAAUGUUUGAGUUCAGUGAGAAGUUGGGCUCUCUGGGGCUGGAGCCUGACGAGAUGGCCCUCUUCAUGGCCGUGGUGCUGGUCUCUGCAGACCGUUCUGGCAUCUCUGACAUGCGGGCUGUGGAGCAGCUGCAGGAGGGUUUGAUCCGCGCCCUGCGGUCCUUGAUCACCCGCCGUCGUCCAGAUGACAGCGCCCUCUUCCCCAAACUCCUCCUGCGCCUGCCGGACCUGCGCACCCUCAACAAUCUGCACUCCGACAAACUGUUGGCCUUCCGCAUUGACCCUUGAGGCGGCUCAUGCACAGUGCACACAGGCACACACAUAUGCACAUAAACAUACACCACACACACACACACACACACACACACACAGAUGUUAACACGCUAUCUUCCAAGGGCAGGACUUUCUUGGAAAUUGAGGAACAAGGAAUUGUGCAAUCUGAGGAGUGCAAUCUGUUUUUCAAAAACAUGAAGGCAGUGAUGAACAUAUUUUUGAUUCACUAUUGAUCUUUGUUUUAUGUUUUGUGACAAACGCAACAUUUUCACACACAUAUACAAACAAGUACACACACAUACGCCCCAAGACCUCUUGUGGGACAUUGUUUUAGGAAGACCAUAAAUCAGCGUGUAGGCUUACGGUUACCCUUUUGGACAGAUCAACUGUACACUUACUCAGUAUUUCCAGUGUACUUAAGACCAAAAGCCAGUUCAUUUAAGUUCUCCUUAUUCUUGCAAGUCGUACAGUAUCAACUGGCCAUCACCAUGCCACAGAUGGAAGAUAUCAUAGAUCCCAGCAGUUGUUACCUAGGGACCAUUAGUGCUGACUGAAUAUGUGUUAGUCUGUGUUUAAGAGAAAGGGACCCUGUAUAUAAUACAUAGUUAAGCCUGAAAUAUUAAGAUCAUUGUGUAUCACUGUUUCAUUAACAAACUUACCAUCUGCAUUAGUACUGGAAUGAAAUCACAAUUUAUGUGUCACCUGUACACAAUAGGAUCCAUUCUAUCUUUUACCAAUUUUGGAUAAUCCUCCAGAAGACAUGUCACACCUUGGGUUCGAAUAUGCCAAGUUAAUAAGUCAAUGAUAUUUUGUUAUUAUUUUACCAAAAAACAAACAAACAAACAAAAAAACAUUGUGUCCACGUCAUUGUAUCAUAUCUGGAAUCACAUCAGGACUGACGGAGACUCUCCAUGCAUGGUGGGUUUUGUAGUUCUUUUGUUUUUGUCGCUGUAAAUAUUAUGUUAUCCCAAUGUCUCUGUAUUAAUGACUGAAUUGACAGGGUGGAUCUGACGGAUGAGUUCAGUGUCAAGAGGAAUGUAUUGACCUUCCUGUAUUGGGUGGGGGUUUGGCUACACGCCAAGGGGGCUUUGUACUGGAGAAUACAUAGUAGGGAUUCUCAGACGGCUCAGACACACUUCCUGCUAUCAGAUGAUGUAACCUACCAGCAUAAUCCCUGAAAUCACCAGCACUCACUCCACAUGCACCCUUUCCUCUGCCCCCAAUGUUUGUCAUACAAACACAAGAGAUAUUUUUGGGUGAGGGAUCUUAUUUGAUUAUACUAUAGAUCCUCUCACUGCUUGCUUGUUUGAUUAUGGUUGAUUGAGCACAUCUUGUACAUUUUGUAAAUCUUUCUUCCUGAAUAGAAAUGAUAUAAUGAUAUAAAGUUGGAAAAUUAUCUACCUA